AGCUUUCUUGGCCACCGUAGCGCGAGGCAAAAAAGCAGACAGGUCGCAUAUGGGAUGGGAGCAGCGGCGAUCUGGACUCAGGGGAGAACAUUUCAGCUGCUUGGUGGAGGCGAGCAGCACGCGCAGUUCUGAUUGUUUGGAAAUGGACCACCGAGAGCCUUUUUGCCGGGCGAAAGGUUUGGCGCUGCCCUGUCUUGGAGCCAUGGGCUGCACGGUGAGUGCCGAGGACAAGGCGGCCGCGGAGAGGUCCAAAAUGAUCGACAAGAACCUCCGAGAAGACGGAGAGAAGGCGGCCAGAGAAGUCAAGCUGCUGCUUUUAGGUGCUGGGGAGUCUGGGAAAAGCACCAUCGUAAAGCAGAUGAAGAUUAUCCACGAAGACGGCUACUCGGAAGACGAGUGUAAGCAAUACCGAGCUGUGGUUUACAGUAACACCAUACAGUCCAUCAUGGCCAUCGUUAAAGCCAUGGUCAGCCUCAAGAUAGACUACAGCAACCCUGGCAGAGUGGACGACGCCCAGCAGCUCUUCGCUCUGUCUGCCUCCGCCGAGGAGCAGGGCGUCCUACCCGACGACUUGGCCAACGUGAUCCUGCGGCUGUGGGCCGACGGCGGCAUACAGAGCUGCUUUGCCCGCUCGCGGGAAUACCAGCUCAACGAUUCUGCGGCAUAUUACCUGAAUGAUCUAGAGAGGAUAGCCAAAGCCGAUUACAUCCCCACCCAGCAGGACGUGCUGCGAACUCGUGUCAAGACCACUGGCAUUGUGGAGACUCACUUCACGUUCAAAGAGCUGCACUUCAAGAUGUUCGACGUGGGAGGCCAGCGAUCCGAGAGGAAGAAGUGGAUCCAUUGUUUUGAAGGCGUCACGGCCAUUAUCUUCUGCGUUGCGCUCAGCGCUUACGACUUGGUCCUGGCCGAGGAUGAAGAGAUGAAUCGCAUGCACGAAAGCAUGAAGUUGUUCGACUCCAUCUGCAACAACAAGUGGUUCACCGAGACUUCCAUCAUCCUCUUCCUAAACAAGAAGGACCUCUUUGAGGAGAAGAUCACCCGUAGCCCCCUUGCCAUCUGCUUCCCAGAGUACACAGGGGCCAACAAGUUCGAUGAAGCAGCCAGUUAUAUCCAGACCAAAUUUGAAGACCUGAACAAAAAGAAGGACACCAAGGAGAUCUACACCCACUUCACGUGUGCCACCGACACAAAGAACGUGCAGUUUGUCUUUGACGCCGUCACUGACGUCAUCAUCAAGAAUAACCUGAAGGACUGCGGGCUUUUCUGAAGGAUGUCCACACUGCAUGAGAAACUACGGCAACCAUGUGACGAUGACUGCUUUUCUUAAUGAAAACCGCGACAGACGUAAUCUCUACAAGAGGGGAAACCUUGAAAGAACUUCAACAAUUUGUGAUUGGCUACCAUCGCUGUGUAACGUUGGUCCUGCAUACCAAUGCAUACAAAGUUGUCACACGCCUCCUCUCUCUUUUACUCUUGAUAGUCCCCUGAAUGAAUGUUUGAGCACCCUCGUCGGAUGAGAGGAAUUUAGCAGCCACUCGUGUGGAAAAAUGAGUUGGCGUUCAUUGAAUUGUUGGAACGCAUGUAAAAUGCACAAAGAAUAUUCCUCACCCAUCAAGAAGAUCUUGUGGUCAUUUUGAUUUAAGUUGCCAUUUUUCUUCACCCUUGACUUUUUUAAGAUGUUCAUUUUCCCCUUAAGGUCGAUUAAAAGAUGGUACAAAACAAUAUUUUAUAUCACAUCAACUCAUGUUAACAACUGUUUCAACAUGUGCAGAAUGUGAGUGGCGGUGUGGGGGGGAAAAAUGUCUACGCCAUUUUCAAUUAUCAAUGUGAUAAUUCUCACAGUAUUCCCCUGCAUGACAUUCCAUGAAUUAGCCUGUACCCACUCACACCCGUUACGUACCACUUGUACGUACACUCAACACAAUCUGUGAGGUUGUAAAUUAUGUCUGUUGAUGAUCUACUGUAGAUUAUUGUGUACUCUUUGUUUCACUCCGAGUCUCUCGUUUUGACUUUAUGUUUGUGCCUUGAUAUCUGUUUACGCGUGGAUCUUCACAUUUGUUCUUCACACUGUUCAAUUAGGGCUAUUUCUACUCUGUACCCAUAGCUUACGAUGCAUCCAAGCACAGAGGUUGAACGAUGAUGUAGCGCAUCUUGUUUGUUGGUAUUUAAAGUACAAAUCAUUUGGUUAAUGUAAAUAUUAAAAGUUUGGUCCUGUGA